AUGCCCCCCACCCCCCAAACAACAAAACUAACCUCAACCCUCCACCUCCUCAUCCCGCGCCUCCGUCUCCUCCAAAAGAAAUCCACCGCCAGCUCCGUAGUCCAACGCCGCGAACUCUCCCACCUCCUAUCCGAAAACAAAGACGCGAGCGCCCGCAUCCGCGUCGAAAAUGUCAUCGCCACCGACAUCGCCGUCGAAGUCAUGGAAAUGGUCGAACUAUACUGCGAGCUGAUCCUUGCGCGGGCGAACGUGCUAGACCAGAACGCUUUCAGCGAGAAGGGCGUGGAGGCCCGGAAUCGGGCCAAGGAGGCGUGGGUGGAGAUGAGGCGGAAGGAACAGGGUCUGGGUUCUAGUCCUGGGUCUGCGGCUAGUGGUGGGGAUGCUGCGGGGAGUGGGAAGAGGUCGGGGUUUGGGUUCGGGGCGCUUUUUGGUGGUGGGGGGUCCAAGAGGGAGGAGACGGUGGCUGUGGAGUCUACGGGGGUGCAGGGUGUGGGCGAUGCGGCGUAUAUUGAUUCGGCGUUGGAUGAGGCUGCGGCGGCGAUUUUUUAUGCCUAUCCUCGGUUUCCGGCUGAUGUGAGGGAGUUGACUAUCCUGAGGGGGUUGUUGGCGGAUCGCUAUGGGAAGGAGUUUAUGACGCUGGCGCAGGAUGAUCGGUUUCCCGAGGCGGAUGGGUUGAAGGUCCCUGAGAGGUUGGUGAAGGGGUUGAGGGUGAAGCCUCCGUCGCAGGAGUUGGUGGAUAGUUAUUUGAGGGAGAUUGCGAGGGCGUACGGAGUUGCGUGGGGAGGGGAUGCGGAGGAGCUGGGGGAGGCGCCCGCGGAGUUUGUGGAUGGUGAUGGUGAUGAUGAUGCUACUGCGGGGGGUGAUGUGCCGGUGACACCGCGGAAGGAGGGCCGGCCGGCUGAUGUCGAACGGAGAAUGUCUGAGACGGCGGAGUUGAAUCGUGCUACGCCGCCCAAGGGAUUGCAGUCCGGGAAGAGUCCGGUCAGUGUUGCGCCGCCGGGACCCCGGUCUGAUAAUCCGAAUCCGCGCGUGAAGGUUCCGGACGGGAAUGGGAAGGGGGAGGCCGAGGUAGAGCCCAGGAGUCCCUCGAAGACGACUAAAGGAGGGAUUCCAGAGUUGGAUGAGUUGACCAGACGCUUUGCGGCACUGAAGAGGUAG